UGCCUCCCAGGCCCCAAUGUGGGUCAGUGACCUGUGCCUGGGUAGGCUACUCCCCAUAAAAAAGUAUAUACGUAACUGCCACAUUUGAUCUCGUAGCAUCAUUGCUGGGAGUUUUAUUCGCAGGUCGCUUAAUCAUUGCGAGAUCACACAAAACACACGCCAGCAUGUGUGAGACUGAGGCAAGCGGGAGCGUAUGGAGGAGGAAUACGUACACACACACACACGCUGUCCUACACUACAGUUGAGGCGCGCGGUACAAAAUUUUUGCUCGUAAGAAUUUACGAAUAAACGGGGAAACCAUUGCGAAUAGUGGAAAUGGGGAAAAAUAAAUUGAUUGCGGAUAAAUGGGGUUACGAAUACCGAGGCUAUGAAUAAUGGGCAUGCAGUACUAGGAUUCAUUCAUUAAUAAAUAUAGAACUAAGCCUAGUUUUACGAAUACAAUAAUAGGAAUUCUUUUUUCCUUUUUAUUUUCAGAAAAUGUAUGGUAUAUUUGGUGAGGAAAUUCUUCAAUACCCAAAUUUUUGUGAACAGGAAAGUUCUAAAUAACUGUUGUAUGAAAUCCUUAUGAAACUUGUUAAAUUUUCUUAGAGAAAAAUGUCUUUGAAAGUCAUUAAAAAAACUUCUUUACGUGAGACUAUGCAAAGUUUGUUGAAGCCAGUUCGUGUAAAUUUAGUGAGAAUGAAACCAUCAUUUUUGGAGUAUUGUGCCCAAGGACUCUUGAAGACUGAUGAAGUAGCAAGUUCUGCUCCACAUCUCGGUCAGCAAGUCGCAGAUCAGCUUGAAGAAUUGUGUCCAACAUAUCCAAGACCUCCAUGCAAUCCUACAGUGCUUGUAGUUCUUGUCUUGGCAAACUCAAGCAAAAAUUUUGUUUCAGUAUCUGAAAUUGAGCAUAUUAUAUGUGACCUGUUCCCCUUUUAUAAAGCAGGAUCUACAGAAGAAAACUGGACAAACAAUUUUUGGAAAACCUUUAUCAAAUACAAGUACAGCCAUGGGAAAAUUCCACGAAUAUUCCUAAGGAAGAAAGUAAAAGUUUCAGGCAGUAUUGAAUACAAAGUAUGUGUGGGCCUCAAUCCUGCAAUGAAACAGGUGUGGAAAAGACUUCUACAAAAAGCCAUCAGAGGUAAUGAGGAAGACUUCAGGGCCAGUACCUCUCAACCAAAUUUCUUGGAAACACUGUUCUCUGGUAAGGCAAGACUGGAUUCCUGGAGCAAAUCAUAUUUCAAGGGAAAGAAAUCAGUGGGCCAGCAUUGUGGCAGUGUAUAUAAAGAACCCCCAGUGAAAGUGAGUGGCCCAUGUGGUGAUACCAGCACCAAUAAGGUGAAAUGCAAAAAAGAAGCCCAGACUAGUACCAAUUCAGUGAAGAAUUCCCAUGAAAUCUCAGAAACCGAAUUAUGUAAAAAAUCAGUCUCUAAUAGCAAGGUACAAAGACCUCCUCUUUCAAAGGCAGACUUUUUAAAGUGUGAUUCAGUAAGCAAUAUUAUACAAAGCUCCACGUCAGUUGGGACUGAGUCACAAGUAGGGGUCAUGGAUAAGAAAAAUAAUGUUUACAGUAUUGUUGAAGACAAUUUGUCCAAAGACACUAUUUUUACACAUUGUGAUGUGAGUCAGGCUCCGUCUCCAGAAAUAGCAAAGAUGAAUUUACCAAAUAAGAUGGGAACUCCUGAAGAUGACAAUUCCAUUCCACACACCUGUAUGAUUCCAUCUACCAUAUCUGACUUGAUAGGAUAUGAAAAUAGUCCAGCAGAAACUCAGAAAACAAAGACAUCACCCUGUGCAUCUGGAGAAGCUGAAAGAAUGAUUAAUGGUAGUCCUAAUAGUGAGAGUAAUGGUAGUCAUAAAAGAAAGAGAGAUGAUAGUCAUUGUUUUUUGGCAAAUAAGGUCAAAUUUGUGCCAUCCAUCUUUCAAAGAGUUGGUAGUUUAAACAAAACUACAAGAUUGAACUUUGUAGCAGCUUCUAGUAAUUCAAUAGACACAACGUUGAACCAGGAUGUUGCUGUGAGAAAAGCAUUGCCUUCAAAGGAAAAGGAAAUAAAUACAAAUUCAACUUGUGAGGUUCAGUUUGCCAAUGCUCAGAGUGAAAUCCCUGUUCAGAACUUAAAAUUUGGUGCUGAAAGGCUGAAAACCACAAAUCUUGAAAGUAUUGGCACUGUUAUGAAUACAAAAUAUACUGGAAAAGUAAAAAAUCCAGAAACAAAUAACAGCAGCCAAGAGGUCUGUCCUCAAAACAUUGGCAACAAUUUAUUUAUAACUGCUACAGAUUCAAUUGCUGAUACAGCUUGUGAAACCCAAGAUUUUAACAUAGUUCAAUCACCACAUAAAGAAAUGGGGAUUCCAGUGAUAACUGAAGUUACUUUCCUUGCUGAUAGUGCAUCAAAUACAAAUAAGGAAGGAAAAGAAAGGAGACAACAGCCAAGAGUUACUGAAGUGCCUGGAAAAGGAACCACUACAUGUCAAAAUAAGGAAACAAACUCUUUUGAUAGCAAGAGUGAAAAGGAUACAGCCAUAAGUGAUCAUAAUCCCCAGGUAAAUUUACAUAAUAUGGUUUCCAAAACUACAUCCAUCACUGAAACUGUGAAACCUAUUGAUAGUUUAAAUAAAACUUUUACUGAGAAAUCUGUAAGUUGUACACAAAUAGCACAAAAUGUGAGAGUAACAGAUGUAUCGAGAGCACAUUUAGGAUUGGAGAGGAUUGCCUCAACAACAAAUACUCUAUGUCAAUCAGCCUCUUCCUCUUUGAUAUCAGUGAAUAGGCAAGUAUGUGUAGUAAGUAAUGUAACCAUCCCUAAAGUUUCUAGUUGCAUCAAUACUUGGAAGGAAGUGUUCCCAUGGAUGUUAUACAAUGAGACAUGUCAUUCAUUCAUCUGCAAAUUUUGUGAUUGGGGUAGUCCACAACAAAAUGCAGUGUUCACUCUGAAAGUUCCCACUGAUGUGUAUUCUGUGGCUGGACAGCUACGCCUUCACCAAGAAGACACGGCUCAUCAGGAGAUGAUAGUGAAGAGGACACUUGUUAGCAAGUUGUUUGCAACCCUUUAUCCCAUCAUAAAGGACAUCAAGUUUAAAACAUUUGAUGAUAUAUUAAAGUUAGUGAGUGAUGGCUCUGGGGGUAUGUUUCCAGGUCCUCAAAAAAUACAUGAGAAGAAACAUUAUACUAACUAUAUGAUUAAGCUCAUUGCUGAAUUCAUAGAAUAUCAUCUUAUAAAAUCUCUUGCUGAGAGUCCAUUCUUCAGCGUUUCUUACAUUGAGGAAAAAGACUUUGCUCUUAUCCGUUGGCUAAACCAGAAAGGUGAAGUAGAAGAACACUUUUUCUGUAGCCGAAUUCAAUGGUCAAAAGCUACAGUGCCAAUCCUGGUUUAUCUACAAAAGAAACAAAUUGAUGUGAGUAAGAUGGUAUUAUAUCAGACAUUUCCCAGAAGCACAACUACUCCUUCAGUGAAGACUCUGAUGAAUCAGUUGCCAAUUCGUUACCCACCCAUAAGCUUAUGCCUCAAGUGGCUCCAGAAGUCUGAUUUAUUAAUGGAUAUUUUUAUUCAUUUGGAGACUCUAACACGCCUCUGUAAAUUUUCACAUAAUAAAUUUGCUCAGUUUCCUGAAGCUGAGGCAAUAAUAAAUUUGGAAGAACCAUAUAGCCAUGGAUGCAUGCUGGAUAGAAAAAUAAUGUCUUUCUUUUUCAACAAUAUUAUUGCACUGAAAACAAUAUGCUUUCAGAUUCAUGAAGAAACAGGAAAUGUGGAUGCUCUAUCUUUUAGCAAAUUAGAGUUGAAAAGAUCGGAAGUAGUGAAAGAUUGUAUAUCAAUGAUUAUUGAACUAUAUAAUUUGCUCACUAAACAGGAAUGUUCAUUCUCAGUCUUUGUUGCUUUGGUUAAUGAAUUCAGACGUGCAUUGAGUAAGAAGCUGAAUGCCAUAGAAAAUGAGGAGGCUGAUGAAUUUAAAGUCUUGUGUUUACUGGACUUGUACGUCUCUCAUGUAAUAAAUUCUUUACUUAUUCCAGAACAAAAACUUACAGAUAUUUUCACAAAGAAAUUGCACCUUGUGACAUGUAAAGACAUAGAGAUGAUUUUUAUUUUUAUAUCUUAUGAGAAAAAAGGAAGUGCUUCACGAUACUUAAAACGUCUUAAAACACUGUGUAUUAUGUCACAAAAGAAGCCAGACUGCAGCAUCAUUGACCUCUUGACAUAUCUUGCAGCUCAACCAAAAUUAUGUAAGCAAUUCCCACAUCUGUUUUCAUUAUACCAGAAAGUGAAAGUGUUACCUUUCCUACGUGCUCAUACAGAACAGUAUAUGUUUAACCUUGCUGUCUCAGAGAUGCUUGUUAAUGGUAGAUUAAGGGCACCAUAUGUAUCUCUAUUCCACUUUAUCAUACUGGAGGGCCCUCCACUUGAAAAGAUAAAUACAGAUAUUAUUUUAGAUCAUUGGGCUGAGAAAUGGAAAUUAACACUUAAAAAACAGUGAGCCAUGAAAAAGUGAUUUUGAUAUUAUUUAUAUAUA